AUGGGUGAAUUAGAACCAUGGAUGGAUGAACAAUACAUUCGACAGUUGUGGUUCAAUUUGAACGAGAAAGUCAUGGUCAAGGUGAUUCGAGACAAGGUGACAGGGUAUGUUGCAGGCUAUGCCUUUGUUGAUUUUGGAUCGGCCACCCAUGCUCAACGCGCAUUAAACGCAUUCAGCGGAUCGUUGAUCCCAAACACACACAAACAGUUCAAACUGAACUGGGCCUCGGGUGGCGGUCUUAUUGACAGACGUGAGGACAGACAACCUGAAUAUUCCAUUUUCGUCGGUGAUCUCAGCCCAGAAUGUACCGAACUGAGCCUCCUAGGCGCGUUCCAAGCCAAUUAUCGAUCAUGCAAAUCAGCCAAAAUCAUGACGGAUCCUCGCACUGGAUUAACACGCGGUUACGGCUUUGUACGAUUCACAGACCAAAGCGACCAACAACGCGCAUUGAUUGAGAUGCAAGGAUUCAUUAUCGGCAGUCGACCUAUCCGAGUUUCUGUUGCGACGCCUAAAAACCGAAUGCAUACUUCUACGACGUCGUCGACCACUGCUGCCAACGUAUCAUCGCCGCCUACUCGUUCUCCACCAGCAGCAGCACAAGCAGUAUCGGCAGCACAAGUGACAGCGGCAGCAUCAUUAUUCGCCGAUCCAUCGAAUACAACAGUCUUUGUAGGCGGAUUGUCAGCACCCAUUCGUGAGGAUGAAUUACGACAGUAUUUCAGCCCAUUUGGUGAAAUCAUGCAGGUCAAGAUUCCACCUGGAAAAGGGUGUGGAUUUGUACAGUAUGCGAUGCGUCAUUCCGCAGAACUGGCGAUUCAACAAAUGAACGGAUAUCAGAUUGGCAACUCGAGAAUCCGUUUGUCCUGGGGUCGCUCUCAAAACGAUAAUACGAUCAGCAGCAACACUAUUAAUACUAAUCAUAAUCAUAAUCAUCCGACGACCACAACGACGACGACGUUCGCUCCUCCUCCUCCUCCUCCUUCGUUAUCCUUACAGCAGCAUCAGCACCAGCAACAACAACAACCUUCCGCCAUGCCUCAUCCUCCUCAUACAGCCAGCAAUAACGCAGCAGCAGCAGCUAUGGUGGCAGCACUGUCUCGGUAA